AUGUACGGUUCCAACCCUUACGCUCAAGCUGGAUGGUCCAACCCAAUCAACCCACUCUGGGUCGGACGAAGCUCUUGGGAAACAAAUCAACCUCAUUCUCCAACGUACGGAGCACUCCCAACGGGGACGAACGUCCAGUCUCCCAACAUCAUCACCUUGAGAUUCAACUCUCAAGAUACGCUAAACUGCGCAGUCGUUGGUCCACGGAAUGAGAGAAUCAUCCAGAUUACUACAAGCGCGGGCCCACACCAACGCAUCACGACGUUCACAUCCGGGAACGGGACGACAUUCGCGAACCUAGAAUGGUCUCUCCACCCUCUGAUUACUAUUUCUGGUCUUGUUCCUCGUCAAGAGGCUAUGAAGUGGCUUGUUUUUUCUGGAGAUAGAAGGUCUGCUCAAAUGACAAUUGGCCCUGAUCUCUACAUCUGGAUUUUCCACGGACAAACGAUUCAUCUUCAUAAGAACCACGGAAGUCCGGGUGAACGCCUGGCGAAGAUGUACUGGAACAACGGACUGUGCCUCGACGUCAACGUCUCUUCGGUCCGAAAUGGCUUGCUAGAGGUGAUCCUAGUGGCAGCUGCCCUUCUUCAAUCUAGGCAGGAAGGUAGAACUUGA